GCGGGCUGGCGGCGGGCUCCGACGUCUGCGCCAGAACCCGGCUGGCUAAGCCCGGCGCAGCAGCAGCAGCCAGGGCAGCGCGGCCCCUACUCCCUGUCAGGUCGUAGAGGCGAGCAGGAACCAGCUGGUCGCCGGCCCCUCGGGCAAGAUGGGGAACCGGGAGAUGGAGGAGCUGAUCCCGCUGGUGAACCGUCUGCAGGACGCGUUUUCGGCGUUGGGACAGAGCUGCCUGCUGGAGCUGCCGCAGAUCGCCGUGGUGGGCGGCCAGAGCGCCGGCAAGAGCUCGGUGCUCGAGAACUUCGUGGGCAGGGACUUUCUCCCUCGAGGGUCGGGCAUUGUAACAAGACGACCUCUUGUGCUGCAGCUUGUUACUUCUAAAGCAGAAUAUGCUGAGUUUCUACAUUGCAAAGGAAAGAAAUUUACAGAUUUUGAUGAAGUUCGCCAUGAGAUUGAAGCAGAAACAGAUCGCGUGACUGGAAUGAAUAAAGGCAUUUCCUCCAUACCCAUUAAUUUACGAGUCUAUUCCCCACAUGUGUUAAAUCUAACCCUUAUUGAUCUACCUGGAAUAACUAAAGUGCCCGUGGGAGAUCAGCCACCAGAUAUCGAGUAUCAGAUCAGAGAAAUGAUUAUGCAGUUCAUCACAAGGGAGAACUGUCUGAUUUUAGCUGUUACUCCAGCCAACACUGAUCUUGCAAACUCAGAUGCGCUGAAGCUAGCUAAAGAAGUUGAUCCUCAAGGUCUGAGAACCAUUGGAGUUAUCACCAAACUGGACCUUAUGGAUGAAGGAACAGAUGCCAGGGAUGUUCUAGAGAACAAACUGUUGCCUCUUCGCAGGGGUUACGUGGGGGUGGUAAACAGAAGCCAGAAGGACAUAGAUGGGAAGAAGGACAUAAAGGCAGCCAUGCUGGCAGAGAGGAAGUUUUUCCUUUCCCACCCAGCUUACAGACAUAUCGCUGACAGAAUGGGAACCCCACACCUGCAGAAGGUCCUUAAUCAGCAACUUACCAACCACAUUCGGGAUACCCUACCAAACUUCAGGAACAAACUACAGGGACAGUUGCUCUCCAUAGAACAUGAAGUAGAAGCCUACAAAAAUUUUAAACCGGAAGACCCAACCAGGAAGACCAAAGCAUUGCUGCAGAUGGUUCAGCAAUUUGCUGUGGACUUUGAGAAGAGAAUUGAAGGGUCAGGGGAUCAAGUAGAUACCCUGGAACUCUCAGGUGGUGCUAAAAUCAAUCGUAUUUUUCAUGAACGCUUUCCUUUUGAGAUAGUAAAGAUGGAGUUCAAUGAGAAAGAAUUGCGAAGAGAAAUAAGCUAUGCAAUCAAAAACAUACAUGGUAUCAGGACAGGGUUGUUUACUCCAGACAUGGCGUUUGAAGCGAUAGUCAAGAAACAGAUUGUAAAGUUGAAGGGGCCUUCCUUGAAGAGUGUGGAUCUGGUAAUACAAGAAUUAAUCAACACUGUGAAGAAGUGUACCAAAAAACUGGCAAACUUCCCCAGACUCUGCGAGGAAACAGAAAGGAUUGUUGCUAACCACAUUCGUGAGCGAGAAGGGAAGACAAAGGACCAGGUAUUGCUAUUGAUUGACAUUCAAGUCUCUUACAUCAACACCAACCAUGAAGACUUCAUUGGCUUUGCAAAUGCUCAGCAGAGGAGCAGUCAGGUUCACAAGAAAACCACAAUUGGAAAUCAGGGAACCAAUCUUCCGCCUUCAAGGCAAAUUGUGAUUCGCAAGGGGUGGCUCACCAUCAGCAACAUUGGCAUCAUGAAAGGCGGCUCGAAGGGAUACUGGUUCGUCCUUACUGCAGAAAGCUUGUCCUGGUAUAAAGAUGAUGAGCUGCCAGUGGAGGGCAUAUUGAUCAGAGAAAGGACCAAAUAGACCAAAAUGCAGAAAGCAGAUCUAUGGUGUAAAGUGCCAGAGUAAUUGAUCCUUACCUGGUAAAUAUUCACGUAUGUUAAUGUAAGUUAAUACUGUUAGGAAUCUGAGACCAAUUUCAUAAACGAUAUGCAACUAUUUGGAAAUUUCAAUUGUAGAUACUCAACAAAUAUCAAGUAAGCGCAUUUCAACCUAAAGAUGAGUGUUCGGAUAUUUUAGUCAAACACUUUGGUAUUGGUUCUGACUGUGAUAAUCCUGGCCAGUAUGUGUAGACUCUUGUAGUAGUCAUCGUUUCCAAGCUGAUUGGGCAGAGACCAUGUCUAUUGCACUUUUGAAUAGCAACUUGAAUCCUCUUGGCUUUUGGAACAUAUAAAAUAACAAUGUUCUCCAGAAAUGCUGCCAUUUGGUAACUUCUCUUUGGAGUGCAAACUUAAAUUCUUGGUUAUAAGUGGUAUGUGCAUUUGCCCCGGUGUCCACAUGCAUAGAUCUCUAUGGGCAUCAAAUAAGGUAUGCUUGCUGGGAAAUAGAAUGAUUUUUGAAUGCAUAAGAACCCAAAGAGGAUGACAUUAAACUUAGCGAAGUUUUCAAGCGCCAGUCUUUAUUAUGUAUGUAUGUUUUAAAUUAAGAGGCAAUCCAAAGGUUGAAAAUCAGGGAAAUCAGAGGCAGUUAAUUUUAUCAGAGAAAAAAUUGGAAGAUAAAAGCUUUGGAAGAUAUCGGAGCAAAAAUUGGAAGAUAAAAAAAUGAGAUAGAGGAACAGCCAAAAAAUUUUUUAAGGUAAAACUAUAAAUUUUCUUUUCAAAUUAUACACAUUCAUUAGACUCUAUAGUCAUCUUCUCUUACUGGAACUAACUAAGAGUUAGUCCCUGUGACUGCUACAAGACAGAGCCAGGUUACUGAUACGUCAGAAACCUAGCUGUUGAACCACUGUGUGAAUCUUUGGGCCCUGUGGCUUAAUUCUAAUUUUAAGCAGAUUUGGCUCUUACAAAUCCUAAAGAGUUAUAAAGCCUUGAGUUAUUUUCUUGAAAAUAUUUGAUAAUUCAAUUUAUAAUUUAUGCUUAAUAAUCUCUUUAAAAAAAAAAAAGAAAGAAAGAAAAGAAAAGAAAGGGACCAGGUCAGGGGUAGAACAAAACUGCAGACAUAUUUUUCAAACCUGCUGUCAAGGAAAUCAGAGGCAUAAGAGAACUUGAACAAAAUCAAGAAAUUUACCAUUUAGUUAUAAAAUUAGAUGCAGCAUUCCAUAUCUCAUCUAAAUAUAAUAAUCUAUUGGGAAAUCAUAUUCAAGAGUGGCUUCUCCAUCGAAGGUAUAAUUCCCUUGGAAGAUUUACAUGUAUUUUAUACAGUUUAUCCCUAAAAAUGUUUAAAGACAACUCUGUGUAAAAUGUGAAGCACUUGACUUCCUUAUUAGUGACUUUAUGUGAUGCAUGGUCUACCAUAGUAGUGAUUACGUGGCCCAUUAACUGGUGAGUAUUGAUCUAUCUAUUCCUAAAAAAUUUCCCUCCUCAUUUAAAAAUAAGCAGAAAUAAAAACCUGGCUUCCUCAUUUGUGAUGGGUGCUAAAGUCAUGACUAGAUAAAAGACUUCAAUUUAUCAGUUUACAUCUGAAGCCAAAAACUACUUGUUGAUCUCUUAAAUUCAAAAGGUUACUCGGAAACACUCAAGGACAAAUUGGAGAAAAAUGACUAAUUCCUUUUAGUAAGUGUCUCUUUCUUAUAAAUGGAAUUUAACUCCUUGGGCAAAUGUAACGUUCUUUUUACUUCUGUGAUUGCUAAAGUUUCUUUAGCAUAAAUGUAGAGAAGAAAUGGGAGUAGAGGGAAUACACAAACACACAUGCACACACACACACACACACACAUGCUGCAACCACAGAAAGCACAAAGCAGUUGUUGAAUAUGUCUGUGACCUUUGUUUAUGUUCAUAUUUCAGAGUCAAGAUAAGCCAAUUUUCCCACCUAGAUAUUUUCCCUCUGUAAUUGGAUAUGUAUCUAGAUAUUUACUAUCAUAAUGGAUCCUGGAAAUGACAUUAAAAUUUCAUUUCACCAGCAGCCAACCAAAUUUCUGAUUUUUCAAAAAUUAGGUCAUUUACAAGCUUUGCAAGAAUCUCAGUUUAUUAAUUGGGGUGACACAUUUAUAGUUAUUGGUUGCAAUAUCAAUGGAAUGUUUCUUAAUAAAACAAUGUUCUAACUAUAAUUAUAGUCCACAAGCACUAUCAGCCAUAUAGUGGCAUUUAAGAUGCUCUCACCUUCUUCAGCCUCCGUACACCUCACUCUUAGAGCAUCACUACUAUCCCUUGAAAUACGGAAAGGUGGAGAAAUCUUUCUGAGCUUGGGCACUUCCACUAACUCUUAUUUUGCUGCUGCUCCCUGUCCCUAUGAGGAACAGCAGCACUAAAAAGCUACUUUCAGAGAUCAAAACCAACAUGGUUCGUGGAAAGCCAUGUAUUGGUAUGAUUGGGGCCUGUCAACCAACUGUUUUCAGUCCUUUACUCUCAGAGAUAUUUAAAAGCUCCUACUGGCUCCUUUUGUGUAGCAGUAAGUGAAGAUUCAAUGGGACAAGGCUCUAAAUGGACUGGAGGCCUCUUUUCCAUUAGAGAUCUGUUUCCUCGUAGACUUUUGGCUUCACACUUUAUUUUCUUCUGCUCACUGCCUCUUAUUCGAUCAUUUGUUUUUUCUAUUCUCAGACUUUCUUUCUUCUCCUCUUAAUUUUGUUUCUGAAAAUUUAGCCUGUAUCUUAUAAUCUACUAUAUACCAGGCAGUGUUCUACUCUCUCCUUACUUGUUCAACUACAGCCUGUCAACCAAAAUUUAUUCUAUGGUUGACCUUCUCUCAGGAAAAAGACUGAGAGGAAUAGACAAAACGUUGUAAAGAAAUGUAUGGGAUGGUUGUGGGAGGGAAAUCACCAUGAGUGCAUUUGGAAAAAUACAUAAACCAACUGUCUUCGUAUGUUCAUGAUCAUAUUUUAAACUAGAAUGGUUAACAGCUGUGUCUUUCCUGAAUUAUUAUAAGCUAGUUUUAUAGUGAAUAACAUUCUAUAUUUGUUCAGCAUAUUUUAGAUAAUGAGGUAGGAAAAAUUUCUGUAGUAUAUUUAUUCCUGCUAAAAUAGAUUAUGGCCUAUAGAAUCUGGUUGUCUGCUAUUUAAAAUGUUUCCUACAUGUUUGAGGGUUUCAAAAGUGUCCUUUUUACUUGUGAAAUUUAAUUCUAUUCUCUGGACAUAAUCUCAGUGUUAUAUCAUUACAGAGAGUACUUUAGUGAGCAGUGAAAUGGGAAGAGAGUAAAAGAAGGACACUGGCAUAUUGAGCCAGACUCUUAAGAAAAGCAAUUAAUAACAAAAUAGCUCUGUAGCCCAAUGAGAAUUAAAUAAUGAGAUUGAUAGAAACUAAAAAAUUGGAUGGUUUGGGUUUGGAUUAUGUACAUGAAGAUUUUUUUUAAAGUGAAAGAAUUGUGUUCUUUGUUACACUGGUAACAUUAAAAUUAGUGAGUAAGGGUAAGGAGGACUGAGGAAUUGAGGUAAUUUGUGGUUUCACUGUAACAAGGUGAAGAAGACAACUUUUGGCAAGUUUUUUGUUGGCAUAUCUGAUUUGCACUAAUAUGAUGUUAUUUACAAUAUUUAUCCCACUUAAGUGAGUGUUUGCAUAUUUUACUGUAGAAACAUGUGGGGGUUUGUGGUGUAUGAUAUAUACAAAAUAUUACCUUUAUAAAUUCUAAAAAAAAAUCUGAAUUCUGAAAUAUAUAUGGCUCCAAGGACUUCAGAUAAGGAAUUGUGGACUUGCAUAUCUAUUGGCUGUUGGGAGGAAAACUUUAAGAGGUAUUAUGAUCGAGCUAUAACCUCCUCUUUAAUAAGAAGAGUCAGUAACUGUUGUCUAAAGUGGUUAAAUCAGGAAGUAAAAGUAUAAGCAUAUAAUAUAGUGUUAUGGAUCAGAAUAUCUAAAGAGAAAUUAGAAGAAAUUUCUUUUUGAAGUAGAGGUAAAGAGGGUUGGAGCGGGAGACUUGCUUCUCAUCAUACCUUCUUCAAAACUAUGAACUGUUAUCAUGUGCAUGCAUUAUUAAUACUUUAGUUUUAAAAAUUAAAUUAAUUAUUUCAACAAACUUGCCUUGAGUUUAUGUAAUGUGUUAGGCAUGGUAUCUGGAAGUGUAAAAAUUGAAACCUUUGUCCGGGCACAAUGGCUCAUGCCUGUAAUCCCAGUGCUUUGGGAGGCUGAGGUAGGAGAACUGCUUGAGCCCAGGAAUUCAAGACCAGCCUGGGCAACAUAGUAAGAUCUCAUCUCUACAAAAAAUAAAAAACAAAACAAAACUAGCUGGGCAUGGUGGCAUGCACCCCUGGUCCUAGCUAUUCAGGAAGCUGGUGUGAGAAGAUCGCUUGAACCCAGAAGGUCAAAGCUGCAGUGAGCUGAGAUUGCAUCACUGCACUGCAGUAUCACUGCACUCCAGCCUGGGUGACAGAGGAAUACGCUGUCUCAAAAAAAAAAAAAAAAAAAAAAAAAAAAGCUCUCAAGAAUUCUAAUAUGUAAAAUAGACUUGCAAACAAUGAGGCUUGAUAUGAAACAGUAAGUGAUCAUUUUUAUAGCAUUAUGUACAGAGAAGACAGUGACUACUAUUUUCCAACUAAGAGCAUGUACAUCUACCUGUGUAUGAGGGUAAUGGGCCUGGUGAACUGUGGGCGAGGGAGGAGGAAAGUCAGUCAAGGGAGCCUUCACAGAGGUGCUGGACCUUUUUAGAACACAAAAGACUCAAUCUGAGAGGCGUCAGAGGGAGACAGAAACAAGGUGGAGAUGUAGAAAAGUUCUUGAUGGAGAGCACUCUUCCAUGCCCUCCUUGUAGCUAGAGAAAACCAGGCUGUAGCUCCUUUAAUUUAAAUCUGCCUUCCCCAGUAAACAAGAAGCUAUUUGGAUAUUUUGUUUUGUUUUUCCUGAAGGGUGACAGUAGAGGGUGGGAAAGGUACAUUUUACAUAGGGGAUUUAUAUCUUAAUUUUACUCUCAAAUAGAAGACCCUGAGAAAAUACACAUGAGCAGGAAUUUUUUUAAAAGAAAUGCAGUUUAAAGUCAGCUUUUUCUAGAUUGCAAGUAAGCUGUGUAGAGUAAGGGAAACAUGGCUCAUCUGGCCAGGGUUCUAAAGUAGGCAAGCUAACUAAAUCUCACAGGAGGUCUUCGAGGAGAGCCCUAAACCCAGAAUUCAUUGCAUUAAUCCAGCCUAAAUAUUUUAAGGACAUGAACAAAUAUGAUGAUGUCAUUGAAGAGAAAGGGUUGUUUGCUUCCAUACCCAUUUUGGCAGCUGUAGCAGCUGUGGUAUCUCUUCAAACACUCAGAUUGUAGGUUAAACCCUAAAGUUGAGCCUUUGAGUUUCAGGGCUAGAUAGAAGUUUCUUGAAAUACCAGGCUUUUGAUAUAACAGAAAUUAUGACAUAGGAGCUGUAUACAAAUUGGCUAUAAUGGGGAGUGAUCAGAUACAUUGUGAAUAAAUACAAUAUACAAAGAGUUAAUAUUAAAAAUAUGGAGAAUGGGGGAAAAACUCAAAAAAGAGAGCUCAAGAAUCAAGGCUUCAAGUGCAUGUGGAGUUAAGAGUGCACAUGGGGGAGGCAGUGAGGCCUCUGACAGGCGGUAGGGGAAGUAAGUUGACGGAUGAGCUUUAUAUUUCUUGAAAAUUUUCUCUUUAUCUCAGUUCACAGAGGCGGAUGGGAAAGGAACAGAUGUCAGAAACAGCAGUGCUUCUCAGGGAAGAUUAAAUGGUAGAGGAAAUAGAGAUUGCAUUACCAAAUAAGAUGGGAAGGGAAAGCAGUGUAUUUAAGUAGAACUAGACAGAAUGACCAGGUGGAAUUUGGAUUUGAAGUUUGAGGGGAUAUCAUGUUAAAGCAGUAAACACCAAGCUAUCACAAUCUGACCCGUUAAGAUUCCAUUAAUUGAUAAUGAUGAGUACUUCUUUAUUUGUUAAUAAAACCGUGCCAUAAAGAAUAAGCAUAUUAAAGUUUUCAUUUAAAAAUACAUGUAUUGUUCCAUUUCAGAAUUGUUAAAAGUUGAAAUAUUCUUAUAACAUAUUAGGAAGAACUAAGGUUUAGGAAGAUUUGGGAUUAUGUGAGAGUUGCUUGUAUCACAUUAUGUUACUUUUCAUUCAAUUUUCUCCUUCAUCCCUCUUUCCUUCUCCUUUUCCUUCUUCAUUUUUUCUCCUUAUAGGGACAUAUGGAGGUAUGGGAACUCAGAUGCAGUAUUCAAAGAAAAAGAAUGUAUUAUUAAGAAACUUGGUCACAUUAUUAUUAUAAAAGUAUACAUUCACUAAGAAAACAUUUACAUAAGAAAAGUACUCAAUUAGAUUUCUAGUCUAUAUAUAAAAGAUUUUCUCAACCAAAAGCAACUUGAGGCUGGAAUUUAGAAAACCCAAGCUCUAGUUCUACCCUAUCCCUCGUUAGCCCUAUGACUUCAGACAAAUCAUAUGCCCUCUUUGGCUCUCAGUUUCUUCAACUGUAAAGAAGAGCUUAGAUCAUGUCUGUAAUAUAUAUGUCCUUAAUUAUUUGAAUACCAUAGUCUAGAUGGUGGUCUUAAUUCAAGCAAAUGCCGUUCACUUUAACAAUCCACAGGGAUGAGAUGGAAGAGAUGGUUCCAAGAGCAGAAAACUAUCUUGGGAAAGGAAUUCUACAUUUUUAUCCAUUCAUUCUACUAAUACUAAGUAAACACCUGCUGUGAUUUCCUAUGCCUGGGAAUGCAUUUCUUCCAGAUAUCCACAUUGCUUAUUCCCUUGCCUCCUUUAGGACUUCACUGUGUGGUCAUCUCGUGAGGACUUCCUUCUUUCCUAUUUAAAAUUAUGUGCAUGCACACACCACACUGUCUCUCUUGCUAUCUCUCUUUCUCUCUCCAAUUCUGGAACUCCACAUUCCUCUUUCUGUGAUUUAUUUUUCCCAAUAACACUAAUUACUUUCUAAUAUUCUAAAAAGUAACCUAUUUAUUUUAAUAUUUAAAUCCCCCAUUUGAAAUUAAGAUAGAGACAAGGACUUUGUAGGGUUUGUUCAAUGCAUAGAAUAGAGUUUAUCACAUAGUAAGCCCUCAGUAACAGAGUGCAAGACUUAAUCAUCAAGUAGCUGAGGAAUUCUAGACUCAUUGCGAGUAUAUUAUUUCAAUGGGAAUAGAUAAGGAGACUAGGAAAGUCAGAGAUAGUAAUGGAUUCACAAUUCUGAUUUUCAAACAUCUUGAGCAACAGGAUAUUUGUUUCUGAUGAAAACUCAUGUAGAAGCCACAUGUGAAGAGUUAAGUGCAGACUUGGUCUAAGUGAAACAGGUGAAAGAAACAUGGCCACUUGCUUUAGCUAGAAUCACCACCUAAACUAUGGUAUUCACAUCAUCAAGAAUGUACACGAUGGAUAUAUGAUCCAAGCUCUUGCUUUUCUCCCGCCUCCUUAAGGUGGUCCCUGAAGAAAUUCUGAACAGAUUUUCUUAAAGUUGCCUAAUAUCAAAAAUUACUUGGAACACUAGAUCCCCUGGGGCUUUGCCCCUGGAAAGGAAAGAGAAUAUACCAAUAAGUUGGUGAAGAGGCCAAGGUUUGCAUCAAGGAAGGUGAUUAUAGAGAACAAGAAACAUCUGAAUUUUUGGAGGCUGAAUAAAGAGAAAGGUUAGCAAGAGGACAGGGGUCUACUUAGUAAAGUCAUUUCAAUGGUGGUCAGUCACUUACACUUGUCUCCCACAUAAGAAGAAAAAAUUGGAUCCUGGUUUGGGCUGAGAAUUGGAUAUGUUUAAAAAGAGAAAAACAAAGCCAUAUUUAGGGGUUUGUUUUGUUGAAUUUUAUUAUUGACAAUGGCGCCAAAGAACCAACAUACAACCACUUGAACUAAAUAGAACAUUAACAGAGGUCUAAACAUUCAAACAUAUGAUGAAGGGAAAAUUCCACUAGUCAAAGAUCUCAGAAGCGAUAUAACUCACUCAUUCACUGAAAACUUGUACACAAACAAAAUCUAGAAAAAGAUGUAUGUAUGAUUCUUGUCCUUUUCUAUUAUCAGUUUCUUUUUAAAAAUUUUUAAGUGUUAUUUUGUUUUUGACCCAUAGUGGUUGUACAAACUAUGGGGUGUAAUGUGAUGUUUCCAUACACGUAUACAUUGUGUAAUGUUCAAAUCAGGGUAAUUAGCAUAUCCCUCACCUCAAACAUUUAUCAUUUCUUUAUAGUGGGUACAUUCAAAAUCCUCUUUCUAAUUAUUUUUAAGUAUACAGUACAAUAUUUUUAACUAUAGUCACCCUACUGUGCAAUAGAGCACCAAAUCUUAUACCUCCUGUCUAACUGUAACUUUGUAUCUGUUGAGUGAUCUCUUCCCAUCCUACCCCCAACCCCACCUCUGCAGUCUCUAGUAUCAGUUUCUUUUUUCUUUCUUUCUUUUUUUUUUUUUUUUUUACUAUCAACAAAACCUCAUCAAAUUAUCUCAUUUAAUGGUACCAUCUCUCCAGACAUAUCAGCAGGCACCAUUGUAUAUCCAUUCUGUCAUUUUAAAAAAUCCCAUAUAUCCUAUAAAUUUUUGCCCAUUAGUCUUUAUAGUUUUUUACAUUCAUUGAAAUAUAACUUUUCUCUGAGAGCGUCAUAUCCUCAAAACUAUCUCAAAUAGAGGGUACUUUUGUCCCAUUACUCCAUCUCCUCUUGGAUGUCUCAGAUUCCUCAGCAUCAAAACAUCUAAACUGAAUCUCAUGGCUCCCACUGAAUCCAUGACUUGCCUUUAUCUAUUGUUCCCUAUUUCAGUGAACAGCACCUCUAUGUCAAAUCCAUCAUUCAAUCUCUGUUUUACCUACUAAAUAGCUUUUAAAUACAUAUACUCUUCUACUUUCCAACCACCUUAGUCCAAGAAACCACUGUCUUCUUCCUUGAUUAUUGUAAGAGCUUUGUACUUGUUCUGUCUACUUCUGGCCAUUCUGUAAGUCUUCUCUAAGUGUAGCUCUCAUCAAUCACUUCCUUGAUAUUCCCACUGCCACAAUCCCUUUGUGUCACUUUAUCUGAGCCACUGGAGUAGCCAACACUCCAGUUACCUUAGUCUCUGCCAUCUUCUAUCUACACUGUAUUUUCAUACCAGCUUAAUCUCCAUAAAGCGUACAUGUCUCCUUACUGCUUUGCUGCUUACUGAAUUUAAUCCAAACUUCUUAGUUUAGUAUUCUCUUGAACAGUAAUACCUUCUCCCUAUACCUAUGCCUACCCAAAUCCUACCCAACAUGUAAGACUCCUGCGGCUUUUCCUGACCUCUCUUCAGCCUGAUAGGCUAUUCUGCUAUUAGAACUCACAACACAGACUUAACUUUCUUGUGAGCAGUGUCUUACCACAUUUAUAUCAGCAGACACACCUUGCACUGCCCCUUUCAUAUAGUUAAUCCUCAAUGCACUUAAUGAAUUUUAGUACAUUUUAAUUUUAUUUGAAUAGGUUUUUAGACUUUGAGUUUCAGGAAAAGGCUAAAUUACUGAAUUCAUUUUAGUAUUGUGGAAAUCAAAUAGAAACCACCCCACAUAUGAAAACAUAGCUGUACUCUAUUUGUCUUAUUUCAAAGUGAUCCAGGUCCUUUUACCACCAGAGAGGAAGAAAGAGGAUUAAGCUGAAAUUAAUGUUUUGAUGAAGAUGAGGCGGAUGGUAAAUUGACCCAAGGGAAGCAAAAAAAAAUCAACUUGCCACAUGUUAGCAACGGAGACUUCAUGAUUGAUGUUCAGUGACUUGGAAAUUCUCUCCAGGGCAAACUGCAUUUUCACUGCUUACUUACAUACAUUUUGAGGCAUAGAUUAAUUUCAAAACAAGAACUUAAAGCUAGGAGGAACCUCAGACAUCAGCUUAGUUUGUGGUUUUCAAACUUUUCUCUCUCCUUUUCUGUUUUUAAACAUUAGAACCCUUUAUUCAAUCAAAAUCUUCCGUGAAAUCCCGUUGCAUAAAAUAAAUAAAACCAGAGUUGUCUUGGUUAAAGCAGGGUGCGAGCCCAGGAUCCAGCCCUCUUGCCUUGGGGCUCUCCAGCUUCCAU